GGAGGUGAUGCUCGACCUGGUCCAGCUGCAGGGGCCCGACAGGCAGGUCGUGCAGGGGGUGCCCGCCUCGUCCCUGCGGCACCUCGUGCCGAUCAGGCUCGUCAGCUGGGUCGUACACCGCACGGACGGCUGGCUCGGGAGGGUGCAGUCCUGGGACGAGGACCUGGUCGUCUGCUUCGCCGCCACGGGCGCCGAGGACCCGUGCCGCUGCCGCGUGCGCGCCGCCAACACGAAGCAGGGCAUCACUAUCGCCGAGAGUUUCUACCGGGACUUCUUCCCAGGGCUGGCGGUGUCCAUCAACGUGCAGGACCUGCGCUCCGGCGCCCUCGUGUCCGAGUGGCUGGAGGGCGACGCCGCGCGAGCCACGGCGGCCCCGCGGGCUGGCGCGGAAGGAGAAGCGGCGGGGCCGCCCCCCCAGCGCGUGGAAGCCGUCAUCGAGGAGGUCCGCGUCGGGUCGGCGCACGUGGAGUGGCUCACCCAGGUGCCGCUGCGCCGCGGGUGGUCCACGGAGCGGCCGCCCCGCUCGGAGGAGUGCCAGGAGGAGAACCUGCUGUUCCUGCUGGGGGAGGCCGAGUGCUCGUCCCGGUGGGCGCUCGGAGACCGGCUCAGACUGGAGGGCACCCUCUGCGAGGUGUGCAGGGUGGAGACGCGCGUGAAUUUGAGGUGGCAGGACGACGUGGCGUCCGCACAAGUGCCGGCCAGGGAGCUCCAGCUGUGCAACCCCUGACGCGUUCAGCUUCUUCCCGUCCGAGCUCGUCUGCCAGCGCACCCUCGAGAAGCCGACCGGGUCGGCAC